CGCACACAGCUCUAAUGGCGUUGGCGAUCGUCGAUACGGCUCGCACCGUUGAUGGCGCUCUGUGAACAGGGAUUCCCGCUGUUUGGCGCCGUUGGAGAAAGGCAAAUAGGCAGUAGGUAGGUACCAGGCAAGUACCAGGCAGGUAGGUCACCAAAGUUUCAGGUCCGACCUGACUGUUGGACAGGCUUCAACCGUGAUUGGCGCCAUUUUCUUUCUUUUCCCUGCUUUCGGCUACUUCUGGGCUUCAAUGUGGUGCUCCGGGUGCGCUGGCAAUCGGGUGUAGCCAGACGGUGUAGGCGGAUGAUGUGGCCGUUUGCCCUUCCAUGGCGCGCGCAGAAGUUGCAGAAGCAGGUACGGUGUCGCCUCCCGCCGCCAUGCCAUGCCAUGCGCUGCCAUGCGGUGCUCUGCACUGCACCGACCACACCACACCUACAGGACCAGCUGUACCUACACCUUUUCGCUCGGUCCUCGGUUCAGUUAUUCGUCGAAUCUCUCCCUCGCAUUCAUGCCUCAUAAUCACAACCAUCCGCCCGCAUCCGCGUGCGCGCAACCCCUUCCGCACCUACUCCAUUUCAUUUCCACACCACCCCCGCCACGCCUCCCCCACCUCACCCCACCCCACCAAUCUCAGCCGCAUCUCUUCCGCCGUUCCCACCAAUCUCAAACAAACCCCCGCCUGCCCACUGCCCGUCAGGGCACCGUACCGCACCGUACCUGUCACUUCCCGUCCCGUGUCGCGCCCCGAACCGUCCCGUCCCGUUCCAGACUUGAAGGCGCCACGCCACGCGACACGGCACCACACAUCUCCACGCGAGACCAUGGAUCGCAACAGCCAAAGCGACCAUCUGCAGGAGGGAAGCAGAAAUAAAAGCAAUGUCAGGAGCACACGCCUCCCCGCCACCAUAGGGCUAGACCUAGGCACAUCCUCGUCGUUCCGCUCGUCCGUAAGCAGGCACCCAGGCACGCGUUUGUUUCCCUUGCUUCAUGCCGACCAGCUUGAACGUUCCAGCAGCAGUACAGCAUCUUUCUUCUGUCUGGCCGGCUGACUCUUCGACCGUCCGAGGCAAACGCACGACUAUUUCCGAGGGCGUGGCGAUACGCACUCGUCCAUCCAUAUGUCCGUCUCUCCAUUAGUCUAGACUAUACUAUUUGUUUUCUUUCCUUU